AUGGCUCUCACCGUGUCGGUAUCGACGGUGACUGGGAAGACCUUCGAGGUUCAGUGUCAGAAGGAGGACACCGUGGGAUUUGUUCGUGAAGAGCUUCAGACGAAGCACAUUGAGGUCCCGGCCGGCUGCUUCUUAAAGCUGUUUCACGGACCACAGGCCCUUCACGAUGGAAUCACGGUGGCAGAGCUCGACCUGUCGCAGCCCGUUUUCGCCGUGAUCGGGCGGGAGACCAAAGUAGAAGUUCUUCUGGAGGCCGCAGGUUCGUGGCUUGGCUACAAGGAACUGGUGCAGGCGGCAGCGGCUUCCUGCGAAGGACAGAAGGUCAAGGUCAUCAAGAAGAUUCCUUCCAUUCUCGAUGUGUUGGAGGAGAUGGGUGGGCAGAAGCCGGAAGUGGCUGAUCUUCGCCAGGGCGAAAACGGUUUGGAGUUCAAGGGGGAGAAUGGACACCUGCUGUUACCGAGUCUCAACGUCGAAGAGCUGCAAGGAUUCUCCAAAGUGGUGUUCUCCGUGAAGCUGAACUCUGAUGCCUACAAUCAAGGCCGAUCAAGAGCUUGUUUCAUGGGCCUGUCGGAUGUGCCAGUAGAAUCGAAACUUAUGCAUCCAUGGGAGAUGCGCUUGCUUACAUCUCACACGAGCAUGUCACCACUCUGUUGA